AUGGACGCCUUCAAGGGCGCCGAGCUCGCACGCAUGGCCGCCGGCGGCAACAAGCUGUUCCAAGAAUUCUUCGAUGGCCACGCCUCCAACACAAAAGACAGCCGCACAUUCGAAGCGAGCUCGAUACAAGAGCGCUACGAUUCGGAAGCAGGCGAUGAGUGGAAGGAACGCCUGAGCUGUAAAGUCGAGGGCAGGGAGUUUGAUAAGAGUAACUUGCCCAAGAGACUACCCAAGAAGGAGAAUGUUUCUGGUGGUAUGGGAAGUGGUGCACCCUUGAGCGGUCGCGCAUCCGCAGCAGGCUCGAGGUCUCAGACUCCGCUGGGCAAAACUCGCUCCAACGACAUGCGCUCGAAUUCCCCCGCGCUCGGCACAAACGCCAUGUCCAGCCAGAAAGUCAAGAACGAAGCCUACUUUGCCAAAAUGGGCGCCGCGAAUGCAGACCGGCCAGACGGUGUGGCUCCGAAUCAGGGCGGCAAGUUCAGCGGCUUCGGCAGCGAGCCGGAUCACUGGAAGAAAGAGGACGAGCCGGGCGCACCGCCAGCGUUGGAUGAUUUCCAGAAAGAUCCUGUGGCGGCGCUGACCAAGGGAUUUGGGUGGCUAGGCGCGAGUGUGAGUAAGGUGGGCAAGACGGGGUAUGAGGGGUGGGUCAAGCCGGGGAUGCAGAAGCUCGCUGAAGCUGACAUCGCCACGCAAGCCCAACGCACCGCCGGCACACUGGGCCAAACCCUCUCCUCAGGCGUCGCCAACGCGGGCACCACAUUCAACCGCUUCGUCGAAGGCGAGUCCUCCGCAUCCUCCUCCACAAAACGCGAGCCAGAGAAAAAAGACUUCUGGGAUAGCUUUGGAGAUGCGCCAAAGGGACCGGCAAAGGACAAACAGGACUUUUGGGACGAGUUUAGUAACGUGGGCGAGCAGCGCAUGAUGGAGAAGAAGAAGCCGAGUGGGAUUGGGACGAGUGCGGUCAAGAAGGGGGGUCCGGGCGGGAAGAAGGAGGAUGGAGAGUGGGGAGAUUGGUAG